AUGGGUUUGCUGGACGCUCUCGGCUCUGCUGCAUCUGUCCAGGUCUUCGCCUGCAGCGUCGCUUCACAACCGCGCAUGUACCUUGAGGUCCGGGAGAAAGAGAAAGAGAAGAAAGAAUCCAUCACGGACGUGUGCUUCCUAGACGACUAUUACCGACCUCUUGGGUUCGAGCACUCUACCACGUCGACGUCGCCCAAAGACGUUUCCGUGGACAAAGGUUCCUACAGCAAGCGCGACAUGCCAAGGGGCUUUAUGCGGUUUCAGAAGGCAAGGUCAUGUCGACGACACCUUCCGGUCGGGUUGUAA